CAAUCUUCACUCUUAUCACCUCACCUUUUAGCUCCUUCCAACUGCCUUUAAAAGCCUGGCCGAACCCCAUCAAUAGGAAGUGUCCAAUCUAUAAGACACUUCAACUUAUCUAUCAGAACUCCAAAAAGAUACCAAAAACAACAGAAAAGAUCGAAAAAAGGCAGUUAGGAAAAAAAUGAAGGGUUCUUCGAUGAAGCUCAGUGAGAUUAUAGAAAGGUGGAAGAGGAGGAAGAAGGGCCAUUUUGCUAUCUACACCAGGGAAGGAAAACGGUUCGUUGUGCCCCUAUACUAUUUGAAUCACCCUAUCUUCAGGGUGCUAUUGGAGAUGGCCGAGGAGGAGUUUGGUACAGCAAAUCAUGGGCCAUUGCAAGUUCCGUGUGAGGAAGAAUUGAUGGACUACAUUCUUUCUCUGCUAAGGAAGAAUCCUUCUGUGAAUGUAGACAAAGCUUUAGCGUCCAUCACUACUUGUAGGGGAGCUUCAAUAUCUUCUUUCCUUAGCCAAGGUGAGCACCAAUCUAUGGUUUCAUGAGACACAAAAAUUUCAAGGAUUUAACACACUAUUUUGCUGGCUGAGGACACUUUGGUGCAUUGGAUGAGUUUGGGACAGUUUUCUCUUCCCAGUUCCCUAUAUCUAGUUUAGACCAGAAAUAGGGUAGCUAGGGUACUGAUUAUCUACCAAUAAAUUCACUUAAAAUGAUUAAAACUCCAUUAGUUAAUCUACAAUUUUAGCUCACCAUUCAUCGGCUUUAGCUGCCAACGUUCCACAACUCCAGGCUCGUCUUUACUCUUUCGUUUACAACUUAUGAAAUCUACAAGAAAUUUGGACUAUGAUCUAACAUUUUCGGAUGCAAAUUACAUGUAUAAUGUAUUCCUAAAUCCUAAUGGUUAACAUGAAGCUCUCCAAGAAACAACAGGGCCUUUUUUUGGACUAAAAGACCACGUUUUUUCUUGAGAUUGUAUAA